AUGACAAGUGACUUCUUCUAUCCACAACCCGGUGCGUGGGUGCCCGUUUCUAGCAUCAACAUCGAUUCCAGCCUUACUGAUACUUCCCCUCUACACAGGUGGAGUCGAAAGUCACAUCUAUCAGCUGGCUACUGUCCGACCCCCUUACUGCUGCUCCCACGUCCUUCUCCACGUCUAACCUCCAUGUCCCCUCCAGAAACUCCGGGACCGCGGCCAUAAAGUAAUCAUAAUAACCCACUCGUACCAGACUCGCCACGGUGUGCGCUACCUCACCAAUGGCCUCAAGGUCUACUACGUCCCCUUCUUCGUCAUAUAUCGGGAAACCACAUUCCCAACUGUUUUUUCCUUUUUCCCCAUAUUUCGCAAUAUCAUUAUUCGGGAGAACAUCGAGAUCGUCCACGGACAUGCUUCCAUGAGCAACCUAUGCCAUGAAGCCAUUUUGCACGCAAGAACAAUGGGAUUAAGGACCUGCUUCACAGAUCACAGUUUGUUUGGAUUUUCAGACGCGGGUACCAUCUUAGCGAAUAAGCUCUUGAAGUUCACAUUGAGUGAUGUCGACCACGUCAUUUGCGUGAGCCAUACCUGGUAAGUCCCCCGGAGUGGGGAGAUCUUGUGGCUGGCACCCUACUAAUCUCUAGUAGCAAAGAGAAUACCGUCCUUCGCGCCGCGCUUGACCCUUCUAUGGUCUCUGUGAUACCCAACGCUGUGGUCGCUGAGAAUUUUAGACCCGAUCCAAAUGCUGCUUCUAAAACACAUAUUACUAUUGUUAUCAUAUCACGCCUCUUCUACAACAAAGGCACUGACCUCCUCGUUGCUGCGAUCCCUCGAAUAUGCGAACUUCAUCCAUCUGUCCAUUUUAUCAUUGCUGGUUCCGGCCCAAAAGCGAUUGAUCUUGAGCAGAUGCUAGAGAAACACAUGCUCCAGGACCGGGUAUCUAUGCUUGGGCCAGUGCGACAUGAAGAGGUUAGGGACGUCAUGGUUCGUGGCCACAUAUAUCUACACCCCUCAUUAACGGAAGCAUUUGGCACUGUGCUGGUUGAGGCUGCCAGCUGCGGGCUCUAUGUUGUAUGUACUCGAGUGGGGGGCAUUCCGGAAGUUCUUCCAAGUCAUAUGACUGUUUUUGCAAGGCCCGAGGAAGACGAUUUGGUCAACGCCACCAGCCGAGCGAUUAAGGAAAUCAGAAUGGGAAGAGUAAGAACAGAUAAAUUUCAUGAACAAGUUAAAAGCAUGUACUCGUGGACAGAUGUGGCGGAGAGAACGGAACGAGUAUAUGAGGGCAUCUGCAGGGGCGAAAGGGUGGGUCUUAUGGAGAGGCUAAAGAGAUACUACGGCUGCGGUGUUUGGGCUGGAAAGUUGUUUGUUUUAUGCGUGGUUGUGGACUAUCUGAUAUGGGUGGUAUGUGGUUUCUGCCAUGCUGAGUAUCCUGAUUGUUUGCUAAUAGUCUAAAAAGUUACUAGAGUUCUUAUUCCCUAGAAGUAACAUUGACAUUGCUCGGGGAUGGCCCCGGAAGGCUGCUGGGAUUGGAGAAGGAAGUACCAGAAGGGACAGGUCACGGAGAAGAGAAGCGCUUGUUGAGGAAGAGAAUGUACGUAAUUGAUGGGACAUAUAUAACCACAAAUACCAGGAUCCCUUGUUUGUUAGCCC